GACGGGUUAAUAAAUUGAAGAUUCUGUUUACUUUCGUAUCAGUUCGAUCAACGUACUGAAGGGUCCUGUUUCGGGUAAGUAAAAAAUACCAUAAGUUGUUGCCCCCAAUUCGAGUUUAUCACCAUAACUUUUUCCUAUCCAACGUGAUUUUGUUACACUGAGUUGAUCUAAGCUGUACAAAAAAGCAUCAUUAUCGUUAAAUGUUACACUGUUUUUUCUUGGAUUAACCAUAUCACACUGAAUGAAACCUCUCUUAAUCCGUGAUUGUAGCUCACUACGUUUCCUUGACAUUCAAAGAGGGCCUUUCUCCUUCCUUUGACCGUCUGUUUUUGCUUUACUUAACUUGCUUCUGGUGUGUUAUGUUAGGCUUUCAGGGUUUUCUUUGAUGUUGAUUCUCCGUUAGCGGGCGGCAUUACCCUAGAUAAAUUGGCGGAUAAUCGGCGGGAAAACGUUUCAUAACUAACGGACAGUAAGGGAGCAAAACUCAGCCGAGAACACUUCGCUUAGCUGGGUGGCUAAAGUUGCAAAAGGUACAGGGUCGUCGGAGUAACUUGUCUGCGUAGGCGAAGCAUAGUUGACUUACACCCGGUUCAAACGUCGAAUUUCACAAGUGCCGAACUUAACGCCAGAGUUAAAUGCAUGUGAAGGCGACGUUUGAAUCAAUGAAAUUCGACUGUUCAAAUUAAAUGCGCCGUUUGCCGUAUCCGAGACUGAAACAGUCGAAGAUUCGACUGACUUACGUUCGACUUUUGAUUCAAACGUCACAUUUCACAUGCGCCGAAGUUAAUGCAUGAAUUUUAGUAAAUUAUUAUUAUAUUACUGGGAAUUGACAGCGGGCAGAGUUAAAUUCGUCAGAGUUCAGAGAGUUAAAUUCGACAGAGUUCAGAGAUUUAAAUUCGAAGUUUGAAUCAAAUGCCAUGCCAUAUUGACUAAACACGAAAUUCGACGUUUGAAACGAACGAAACUGGAGCUCUUCAAAUACGUUUAAUUAUUCUAACACUGUCAAUUAAGGCUGAUAGGUAACUACCUCUACAUGGUUCUGUGUCAGUGACUUGGCGAAAUGUUCUUUUAUCUCGAUUUUUGCUCUUAUUUUGAAACUACUGGUUUAAGUGGCUUCAAUGUUCUUUUUCGGCUGAAGAUGCUUUUGCUGUCAAAAUUCAUCGCCAAAAGGCCGCAAAAACAGUUAUAUAAAAACGGACCAAGUUUAUGGGCUGCCGUUACCACCAAAAAUACAAUCAUGUCAAACAGCACAGACAAAACGCAAAUGGUCUAGUGAUGAAUUAGGAAAUGGUUCAAAUAAUAAAGAAAUGAUCAUUCUUAAAAUAAAAUAGGCUGGUUGUUUUGUGUGAAAUGGUUCACCAAAACUACAAACGAUUUGGUCAGACGACCAAAGCUGUCCACUGGUAUAUAUAUAGAUGUUAAAACGAAACCACCAAACAAGAAUCGGUUGGUUUAAAUCAUAAUCAUCUGCGAAAUGAUCGAGCUUGAUAACGAACGGUCGGCUGCUCUAUUGCGUAAUGGUUUGAGUAAAGUAGGAAUUCACGCAAACAUUUACAAAUGGUUUAAGUCAUACGCAUAUGGUUCAGUGUAAUGUUGAAUGAUUGAAUCGAGAGACAAAUGGAAAUAUUGUUUUUGUUUAUGUUUUUAAAAUCAUUAUUCCUUGUAUUCUUUUAUCUAAUCACCAGUUUUGUUUUAUUGCAGUAACUUCUGUAACAUAAAGCUUUAUCAUGUCAGUGGAACAAUCAUUCUUGGAUUUCCGUGUCACACCAGAUGCCUCUGGAAAAUGGAUGAAACCAGCACAGGACAAAAUCAGUGAAAUUAUCAAAGCUACCUUCCAAGCCAAUAGUUGCUUUAGUACUUCUUCUGUUACACUGUUUACUGGUGUAAAUGGCGUGUGAGUGAUUAUUUCUAUACUUUAACAUUUACCCUACCAUUAAAAUUGCAUAGACGUUCCUUACUGUUAUUGUUUUCUUUAAUCAUAGAGAGUGUACCCUUCGAUUAUUUCCAGAUGGUCUGAUAACAUUAGACAUUGUUCAGUACAUUAAAGAUGUCAGUGAAGAAAAAUUACUCUGUCGACAGGUAAGUCUUAAUUUUUGGUACAUUUCUCGGCGAUUUAACUGUCAAACAGUCUACGAGCUGGAAUUCUUGCUUGUUACAAUGUGUUCUUUUAAAUACUUGUUUCUGUCCAUAGCCACAAUGGAAACUAACAGAUCACCAGUUAAAUCAUAAAUACCCCUAUAAGGUCAACGUUUCUUCCUCUCCCCACCCCCCUUACAAUGCCUUUUUAAAAAAUUCCAAUGCAUGGAGCACAAAAUAGCAGACGAGUGCAAUAAUAACACCCGAACCCCCAAAGUAAUCUUGAAUAAAGAUCAAUCACAGGCUACUCAGUAGAAGUUAUAAAACACACAGUAUUCUUAUCAAUGCCAUUAAGAAUACAAUUUACAUUAAUUUAUAUUUCAUUAUUUCAUUGCUCAAAGUUGAGUGAAUUUAUUUUCACAGGAUUACACUGACCUUAGAGACAAGGUUGAUGAAGCCUUGUCUUGUCUGAAAGCACAUUUUAUUCCUGCCAUUUGUAGAGGACGGGACAUUUUAUGCUAUCAUGACACAUCAGAUGGCGAAUUUAAGGAAUAUGAUUUUGACAAGUUAGUAUUGCUGGUUUUCACAGUCAUGCCAUCAAAAAUCAAAUAAAAACCAUUCAGUAGGUAAAGCCAAGAAUGUGGGAUUUUAAUGAAAGAAGAUUAAUAAUUAUGCAAACAACGUAAAGUAAAGCCAAGAUCAAGGUCCCCGCAAAUUUUCAUCUGCAAGAUACUCAGAGAAAUCCUGAAUGUUCUGCCCAAAUUUUUAGAUCUCUCAAUUGUUUGCAGAUCACAGUGCCAUUUUUCAAAUUUGUGCCUGUUUAAGGGCUAUCGAUACACCAUCUGUAAACCAACAGAAGCAUGUCAUUUAGUUUUGCUACAUGUGUGGAAGCAUGAGUUUAAAGUGUAACUGCAUGACUAAUUAAGCCCCAAGAUAAAAAAAAAAUUCUCCACACUGAUUGACCUCUAUUCAUUUGCUUGAAAAAAAUAGUAAAGUUAAGUGAAUACAGAUGUAUGUCAAAAGAUCAAAUUAUUUCCUUCUUGGUGAUCAUUACAACUUUUAUUAAUUCUUCUAAUCUUUCUACGUGAUUAUGUUGCAUACAUAGACUUAAUGGUUAAGUACGGUAAAAAAAUACUUUUUCUAAUACAAGGACUGUUCACAUACUAAGAAAACUGUAUAAAAAGAUGUAUACAUGACAGCUUUCUCGGCCACCAUUUAAAUGCUGCAUCAUGCAGAAGCUUAGGAAUUUAAAUGUACUCUUAGUUCACACAAUGAAGAACCCAUUAUUUUGAAGUGAAAAUUUGUAAAGAUCGCAUCAUGCAACAUAUUUACUUUAUUUGCUGAGCAAUAAAUGUUGCGUGCAGAUGUCGAGGGAAAGGGGGCUUAUGAUAACUUCCUUCCCCAGAAAAGGGGAAGGGUUAAAUUAGUGGGGGAAUUUACGUGCUAUAGAGGAUUUAUGGUACGUGUAGGUGCUUAUUAUAACCUUAUUUUUCCCUCCCUUGUCUUGUAUUUACAGGGAAGUGUUCAGACACAAAUCACAAUAUCAGGAUAUCUGGAUAGUGCAUUCUAAUCGUUUUGGAAACAUGCUAUUUCUGGAUCGCAAUGAGAGUAAGUGGAUUUGAGCUUUGCAGUGAGUAGACAUUCAUCUUCUUUUAAUUAACAAAAUCUUGCACCAUCAACAAAGUUUUCUCCUCUGAAGCAGUUGCUUAAAAGAAGGAAGAAUGCUAUUUAUACCUUAAUACAAUGUGUAUUGAGCAUAUGCAAUUGUCUGGAAUAUUUCCUUUCUAUGGUUGCGUUCCUUUAGGAUGAUCCAGAUUAGGAUCAGUUAUCCAAGAUCAGUUAGAACAUGGUACAUGUACAUGUACAUGUACAUCAAAUGAACCGUUGAAUCCUUUCCCAGACUGUAUUUAUAAAUUCCUUUGAUGCACUCUAAUCUAUCAUCUCAAUAAGUGCACUUCACAUGUGUACUUUUAAUCAGCAGUAUUAUAAGGUACCUAACUUUGUUAAUUCACAUCUUACUCUUUAGCUGUAAAUUGAUGGAAGAAACAGGAACAGUAUGAACCGAGAGAAUUAUUGUAGGCUAUUAAUACUUAAGCCCUUACUAAUUUUAUUCUGUAAGGUGCAUUGGAUUUUUCUGCAAUGCACUGAGUGAGUGAAGAGGGCAAGCUGCAGGUUAUUGUAAAUAGUCUAAUAAACGCAGGGGCAUGUAUUUAAUUUUUUAAGCCCCAGUCAGGGCAUUCAACACAUGCAGAUAGGAGGCGUUUAAAAAAUAGAAGCAUUUGUUCUAAUAAUUAUAGAAAAAAUCUCAAAAAUAAUUUGCCUUGAAAAUAUAUUAAAACAAGCAAAAUGAACUUCCACCUAACAAUACACGAUAUAUUCAGUCCAGCCAUCCAUUGAUAUGUUUAGGCCGUUUAGAGAUCCAUAACAUUCUUUAAAGCUUGACCUCGAUGUCAGAAUCCUUACUAUGAACUAUUUCGCUUUAUUUUCAUAGUAUUUUGUAGCAGUUGUUGUACGGAGGGCGUCUAUUAGACAGGGGACAUUUAGAAGAGAGGGUCGUCUGAUAAAAAUGUAAAGUUUAGAGGAGCGUUAGACAAGACGUGUUUAUUUGAGAGAAGGCGUCUAUUAGAUUAUUUACUGUACACUGUACAGUGAUCACUAUGGUGACAGAAAUGUCUCUUUCUUGUAUUGUUUUCCAAUUUUGUACCUUUACCUGUCCUGUGCUUUAUGUUACUGACCUUACUUGUCUUCACAGUGAUAGCAGAAGAAGGAGAUAUUGUUUACACAAAAACACUGCUUGGAAAUGGCAGAGAAAACUACAAAGACAAAGAAAUACUCAUUUUAGGAGGAGGAGAUGGCGGGGUACUGCAUGAGCUACUGAAGGAAUCACCAAAAUUUGUCACCAUGGUCGAGAUAUCCUUGAAAAACUGUUGCAAGUUAAACCUGCAUGCAAAGGGGUUGAGAAACAAUCUGACACGAAAAUUAUCAUUAAGUUUUGAUAUAAAAAUGUAUACACUCAAACACACCGAUAUUAAUUAAUGCAAAGGUCAUAUAUUUGGUAAAAAAGCAAAUCCAAACACUAAGGGCCGGUUAUUUAAGAGGAGUUUAACGAGUGUUUAACAAAACUGCGUCCUAGAACUGCAAGUCACUUCACUGUCGCUUUCCCAGAAAUCUAAAUUGAUGCAAAAAAUUAAUGCCUUAGAAGUUCAGACCACGUUAGAGACUUGUAGUCGAAUUGAACACAUUACUCACAAUUUUCGAAAUGGUCAGACUUUAUACUGUGGGAAAGUUACUUUGUAAUCUCAUAAAUAAAUGUAUCACGAUCCUCGUAUAGUUAAAGUCGCAGGUUAUAGACCCAAUGCAAAAAUGGCCACUCUAAUUCAUAUUCUUUUUGUUCAUAUUCAAAUUAGCCUUACUAGCCUCGUCCCCAAGUACAAAAAUUCAAAAGAAUAUAUUAUCUCAAGCGAGGCUAGUCAGGCUGAUUUUAAUUUAAACAAAGAAUAUUAAUCCAGCAGCCAUUUUGGCAUUUGGUCCAUGCAGUUGCGAAAAGAAAGCCUGAAAACUUUGGGCUUGCCGGGAUUCAAACCCUGGCUGGUGCAGUGUUCUAACCAACUGAGCUAACAAGACAACUGCAUAAUAUACCCGGGAAAGGAGUGAAGAUGAAAUAAGGAAUAUUAAAUUAAAAUAUUCAGUAUUUAAGUAUCUCAGUCGAUAAAGCCCCAUUUUUUGCUAAGAAAAUGUUUAAUUCUUGCUGACAAUUACCGAUUAGCGUAAUAACUCGUGUUCCUGAUUUUCCUUGACGUGCCAUUACAUAGAUAAAAUUGUUGUCGAAGCUGCAGCGAAGUACUUGCGAGGUGCUUGCGGUGACACUUUAGAUUCGCAUACAGGACCUAACUAUGAAGUAAGUAUUAAGUAAACUUACUGAGUUUAAAGUGUCUCUGAUCGAGUGUUGUAAACCUACAGUAAAAACCAACUGGUCAAUUAACAGAAAAAAAAACCAUUAAGGGAAAGUAUAAAAAACAAAGGCAAAUACAAAAGGGGCCGCGAAAGAACAAACUUGAAGAAGCUUAAAACGGAUUGCAAUUGUGGUUUUUUUGACAUGUUGGCCUAAAAGUUUUUCGAAGUUAAUUUUUGUUGUUUACAACGUUUGAUAUGAUGCUUGUGAUGCAUAUUUGUUUGGCGCGAAGCUGUGAUUGGACGUGUAUUUGAUGACACAGACCCUUUAAGUUGUAGUAAAAAGAACCUGGCGAUAAGGAUUGCAGGCUUCUCUUGCACAUCGCCUGCAAUAGCUAGUAGUAAUUAUAGAUCAAUGUAUGCGUUCGCUUUUUCUUCGAUUUACCAUGAAACAUUAUUAUCGUGCUGAAAUGGUCACCUUACAGUGUAAUUAUCUAGAGAGGAUAAUCAAAUACAGUGUACCACAGGACUGCCAAGAAAAGGAAUUGCGUUCUCCUAACGUCGAACGCAACUAGGGGAAGUGCCUCGCGUUUGUGUAACGUAGAGCACUCAAGAACUCUCUCAAAAAACCUCGUUCGAUUUUGAACUCACAGCGCAAUCUUAUACUACUUAUGGUACAGGUCAGGAUUGAUGAUUGUAUAAAGGCACUUAAGGAGUACGUGGAACUGGCAAAGACAUUUGAUUAUGUGAUCAAUGAUCUUACAGACAUACCAAUAAAUGUCUCUUUACAAGGUGAGUGCAACAGUUAAGCUAGACAAGAACGACGCUCACAUUUGAACCAAACGCUUUUAAACAGGCCACAGUUGGUUUUCGGUGAGUGGAGAAGCCAUAGGGAAUGGGGCCUGCGAAGAAGCUCUAGAUUACUCAAAUUAAUCUUGAGUAGCGUCAGAAUGUUGCUCAAGACCUUUCUACGUGCAACUUUGUUCUAAAUCUCUACUUUUAGCGCCUUUCUGUAUAUCUCUAGAAAGGCUCGAAAGAAUUCUUUUUAGACCUUGUUACAUAAUCUUCAAUGUCUGUACCUUUCAUUAGGAUUGAUACAUACCUCCAUGACUAGUACAUUUCAGUUUGAAUUUUAUUGCAUCUUUUGAAUGUAAAACAUUGAAAAUAUUCACACUGAAAUAAACAAAUCAUGGAGGAAUGUAUGGUGAGCAUUAAUUUGGAAAAAUUAGCAUAACGUCAAAACACGGAUUCAUUUUCACGCUGAAGGCGCGCAUCUCCAUCGUGAAAGCCAGUCGCUUAAAAAAAUAAUUCAUCAACAGUUCCGUUGUCAUUAUUGUUGUCGUCGUUGUUGCUGUUUUUGUACGUUUGACAAAAAGUUCAGAGCAUGAACCAAUCGCUCAUGUGCAGGGGCGUAGCUAAGAUUUUUUAAAGAGGGUGGGGGGAAGGGGUACAGAGGUAACAUUGUGACACACCCAAGGUACUCAAGGUAUUGUCUUGUCGACUUCCACGUAGUGUUUUUUAAAAAGUGACAUUUUUUCGUAUGGAAAUUUCAAAGCUCAAGUCAUGUCAAAUAUACUCUUGAUAUUUACCUACAAGUAAUAAUUAUCUUUGGAGCAUGUCACGAAAUUUCGGGUCAGCAAAAACAACAAAAAUAAUAAUCUAGACUACAGUCGAAGCUCUCUAUGCGACCACUCUCAUAAGCGACCAACUCUAGUUACGACCACCUAUGUGAAACCCCGUUUGAACUGUGACUUUUAAAUAAAUGAAAAGCUGUAGUAAGUGACCGCUCCGUAAGCGACCGCGACCACUUUUGGUAUUACCCAACCAGACUUUCCUUUUGUUUUUAACCUCUCGUAAGCAACCACUCAGAUUCUUAUUCAUAUAAAUCAACGUUUUAAUGACACUGCACAGUAUGCUAAUGGUUCUAAUAUUUAGAUUUGGGUUUAUUUUGGUCUUAAACAAUGGACGCAAAGUUUAGCCUUGUCUAUAUCAGAUAUAAAGACACUCAUUAAACAUUUUAAAAUUUCUUUUGUUUUUUUCGUUAUUGAGAUUUUGAGUUUGUGAAGCUCUCGUAAGCGACCAACCUCUGUUUUAACUUGCCGUCGCUUACGAGAGCUCAUUCUCGUAAGCGAUUAGCUCUAAUUACGAACACUUUUUAGAAUUUCUGAGGUGGUCGCUUACGAGAGCUUCGACUGCAUUAUCAACAGACAUCGAAUAACAUAAAGAACGUAAUAAGACAGAUAGAUAGAGGUUUAAAAGUGACACAGCAGUCUUGACUUUUCCUUUUCGCUUUCUCUCCUCUUCUUUCAUUAAGUAGGCUUCAUUUCGGAGAGAAAAGUUUAGCAGUAGAUGAAAGGAAAUCUAGGUGGGUAGUGAAACAAGAUUUUCGUGAAAUAUACGUACCUUACAAUUUCUUUUAGAUUCCAACUGGGAUUGUGUUAGGAAAAUAUCAAACCUGGCAGUUCAAGUCUUAAAACCAGGAGGAAAAUUUUACUCCCAGGUAAGAUGGAAAACGAGAUAACAAUAGUUUGCUCAACGUCGCUCACCCUGCUAACAGAGUCUUUCUUUCGCUUGCUCGAUUUUCCCGUACUCGAGAAAGAAUCUGGUAAGAUGGAAUACCAGAUAACAAUAGUUUGCUCAAUGUCGCUCACCCUGCCAUCAGCAGAGCCUUUAUUUCGCUUGUUCGAUUUUGCCGUACUCGAGAAAGAAUCUGCAUGAAUCGAGUGAGAUCUUUCUUGAGCAUGCGCGGCAUGUUGCUAGGAUACAGUUUCGAACCCAGGCCUAGCCGCUUUGCGCUUGGUAUGACCAUCAGUUAUGACCAUCAAUAAACGGAUGCUCUCACUCGAAAAACCAGUUUCUCGAGAGAAAACGAGAUUGACCUAGUCCAGAGGUUCGGGCUGCAGCCAGUUAACAAAAUUGGACGCGGUUAAGGCAGAGCCUCCUUUUCUCUCCUCCUCGAUUAAGAAGAAGACGAAAGUAGCCUCUUUUCGCAGGGUGAAUGCCGCACUGUUGAGCUAAAUCGUGCCUAGUGGACAGUCCGUUCACUCUUAAUAGUGGCCAGAUAAAAAAUGCGCAAAAACAUUCUUGUUGUAAACUACAAUAUCCACUGGACAGUGGCUUAUCCUUUGCAGUGGAUAGCGCUAUGUAUUCUUUAAAUAAAAGAACGAGCAGGGGUGUAUUACAACAGGACUAAUCGGCUCCUGAUUACAACUAGAGCCAGGUGCAUACCAUAAUUGUGGGGUUAACUUUGUAAUUGAAUGCCAUCCCAUUUUUAACAGGUAUCAUCCAAUACUCUAUUUUAUUUUCGAAAUUUGCAGUUUUUAGAUGAUUAGAUAGAGCCCACCGAGAACUUGCUUUUUAAAAAAAUCUCAGCAAAAAAAAUUAUUUUUACAGAAUCUUAUGAAGCGAAAAAUUUUUUAUAUGCUAAUAAUUUUAAUUAAGAAAAAUCUAUUUCCCCUGUUUUCUCGCAAUGUGUACUUCCAGAAAAUACCCAUGCCCCACCCUCCCCCCCCCCACCCCCACAGAGGGUUGUUUUGCUUUUUCAAAACUGAAAACUACCGAGGCAUCACGUUGCUCUCUGCAUUAGGUAAACUCUUCACAUCCAUCCUAAAUGAUCAAUUGUAUGAUUACAUGACCAAAAAAGGAAUUAAUUCUAAAAGCAGAACAAGGCGGCUUUGAAAAAAAGGCACAGUACAGUAGAUAGCAUCUUCAUCUUAAAAACACUCAUAGAUAAGUUUGUUAAAUCUAAACCACAAAAACGCAGAAACUUGCUUUUCUCGUGUUUUGUAGAUUUUAGAAAUCUUUUGAUCGCAUGCCAAGGCAAAAAUUAUUCGAAAAAACCAGAAAAGAAGGAAUUAAAGGGCGUUUUUUAGAAAUAGUAAUGUCCAUGUACUCAAAAGAUAAAUCAGCAGUCAAAAUCAACAACAAAAUGACCGAAGCUUUUCCGUGUUACACUGGAGUUAAGCAAGGUUGUAUGUUAUAACCCACCCUUUUUAAUCUCUAUCUAAGUGAUCUACCUGAAUUUUUAAAUUCA